AUGCCUGAUUCCAGUGAGGAGAAGAAGCCUAGAAACAUGAAUAUGAUAUACUUUAUAGCUGGUGCCAUAAUAUACGUGCUGUUUAUUCUGAUAAUGCAGUUCAUGAGUUCAAGCGUGCUACUCUUCAGGACUGGGCUAUUUUUUGGCACGAUAUUUGUGUUUCUACCACUGAUAUUUUAUAUUUUUAAUCUGAGUGGGAUGUUUGGAAUUGUAUCACUGGUGUGUCUGCUGAUUACAAUUUUAAUAUCGUGGUACAACAGGAAUGUGGUUUACAGAGUGUAUAUUUCAAGAAUACGGCAAGGAUCUAGGGAAUGGGAGGAGUUUGUGAAAAUGUUCAGGAGACCAUCAGCUCUGAUUAUUUCAUAUGGGAGAAAGCGACCAAAUUACCUGGAGAAAUAUAGGCACAACGAUACAAUUGAGGCAUUUUUACAAGAGAAAGGACUAGUCAAAGACAUGUACAAGAUACAACUCGAAUUGAAAUUUGAUAAAUUUGCAUCACCAAGUGGAAUUGUAAAGAAGGGGAUUGUGAUAGUGCCAAUUGAGCCAACACCAGAUCAAAUCAACAGAUACAAAAUAAGAGUAUUUGGAACAGUCAACAUGCUACAUAGAUACAACAGUGAUAAAUAUUAA